AUGCACCAUUCAAUAGAAACAGAUCCUUUUAACACCCUUGCGCUAAGCUCUGCCUCAUGUGCUCAGCUACCGACGUCGUAUGUACCUCCAAAGUCUUCAGGUCAAUCGGCUACAUAUUUACCACCUGGGCCAGGAUCUUCAAGAUCCUUAGGAUUUGAAUCAAAUGGAAAUAAUCGUGCACAGCAGGCUGAGGAGAAAGCUGCUGCCAUUUUGAGACUUGACCAAGAAGUUGGAGAAGAAGGAUUCCACUACAGCUACGAAACUGCCAACGGCAUCCAAGCCGAAGAAGCUGGUAAUGCAGGUCAAAGCAGAGGUGGUUUUUCCUACAAGGGCGAUGAUGGGAACACUUAUUCGGUGACUUUCACUGCUGGAGUGGGCGGUUUUCAGCCCCAGGGCGCUCAUCUUCCCGUCCCACCACCAACUCCUCAGGAGAUUUUGCUGGCUCUGCAGCAGAACGCUAAAGAUGAGGCAGCUGGAAUUUUUGAUGACGGUCAGUACCAUGAGGAUAGUGCUGGUCAAAAUGGACAGGAGAGAGGACAGAACCAGAAACACGGCUUUGGAUCCACGAGCAGACAAGGCAAUUUCAACUCAAAAUCUGGCUACUCUUAUUAA